UAUAUCAGCUAACCUAGCAAGAGUUUAAUAUAGGAUGAAUAAUGAACUCUUGGCUACAAGAAUAAUGAGAAUGUUCCCCUCAAGGUUAUUUCUCUGCUGUCUGCUGGGAAGUGCUUCUCUUGUGUAUGGACAGCAGCCUCUGAUUCGACUGGCAGCAUCCAAUGAGGCCUCUCCUGCUGACCACACUGGAGAGAUCAUCUCAUUCUACGAUGUUGGAUCAGGAGCUAGUGGUCUACCGCGCCCCUGGUUUUGCUACACCACUGAAGACACUGGUAGUGUAUUGUGGCUGUUCCCCAAUGGGAGUGCAUUGCAAUUUGAAAGUGGACAGGAGGCAGUUCAGGACGAACUGUUCAUCAGAGAUGUUCCUAAUUUUGGCGUUGCUCUGUAUCGUGGUCCCACACACUUCAGUCCUGAUGGAGAACACUGCUGUGUGAGGAAUAACACAGCACUGAGGAUAUGUCUCACCUUCACUCCCUGCCCCACACUGAGUCCUCUGUCUAAUGGAAUGAUCUCAUACGAUGCAACCACCAACAUGGCCACCUACACCUGUGACCCUGGGUACGCUGUGGCGACCAUCUCAUCCAUCACCUGUAAUGAUGUCACAAUGAUGUGGAGUAGCACUGUGAGACCCACUUGUGAACUGAUUUGCCCCAACGUCCAACUACCGCCCAAUGGAGUGGUGACCUACAGCGACCCCACCAUUCCCAGAGCUAUUGGUUCCACGGUUACCUACAGCUGUGUCUCUGGGUAUGAAUUCAGUGGAGGUGUACCAAGGACCUGUACUGCCAGUGGGUGGACUAAUGGUGGUAGUCCAACUUGUACAGUUAGCUGUGGAUCAUUGGAUGAUCCUAUCAAUGGAAGAGUCACUACAACAGGGACCACCUACCAAGGCACUGCUACCUACACCUGUGACACUGGCUACACACGUAGUGGAGGUCAGACCAGGACUUGUCAAGCUAAUGGAUACUGGAGUGGGUCAGAACCUUCCUGUAAUCUUGUCAACUGUGGCUCCCUCUCUGCCCCCUCCAAUGGAGCAGUGGACACAUCCUCUGGAACCACCUUCAUGAUGACUGCUACCUACACCUGUAUCUCUGGAUACACUCGGGUUGGAACUGUGACCAGGACUUGUCAGGCUAAUGCAAUGUGGAGCCUCUCUGCACCAACCUGUACUGUGAUUUGCCCCAACCUUGGAGAACCAACCUAUGGAGGAGUGACGUACAGUGACACCACCAUCCCCAGAGCUGUGGACUCCACUGCCACCUACAGCUGUGUGACUGGGUAUGACUUCAGUGGGACACUAUAUCAAGGACUUGUACUACCACUGGGUGGAGUGCGCUAAUUGCCAUCUGUGAUAUCCUUACUGUACCAGACAAUGGAGUGAUCAGCUACAGUCCAGACACCACCCCCAGACUAGACGGAGCCGUGGCUACAUACAGCUGUGAUGAAGGAUACAGAGUGUCCAGUGGACCUGAUAGAGAUUGUGGGACCAGUGGAGAGUGGAGUGGAAUGAGCAUUACUUGUCCAAUUGUGGACUGUGGUGUCCCUCCUAUGGUUGCCAGUAGCACCAGAACAUUCCCUCCGACAACAUUUGGACAGACUGUCACUUAUUCUUGUCAAGACAACUUUGUGUUAUCUGGGAAUUCAACUCUGACUUGCAUGGCUAGUGGACUCUGGGGCACACCUCCAAUGUGCUCUCCCAUACAAGUGGUGAUCAGCCCCAGUGGUGUUCCAAUGGCUGGUCAGAGCUUCUCCCUCACUUGUUCCCUGAGUGGAGGGGCCUCUCUACAACCCACCCUCUCCUAACAGUGGACGAGGGAGGGAGGGUCACUCAUAACCAGCACAGCAACCCUCAACUUUGACACUCUCUACUUGUCAGACGCUGGUCAGUACAGCUGUCAGGUCAUCCUCACCUCCAGUCAGCUUGAGGGGGAACACACUGUAGCUGCUCACUACACCAUUGAGUUCAG